AUGGCAAGUAAUCUGCCAACAUCCAUUGGGAGGCAAAAUGAGGAGCCGAAAGUAAUAAAUGUUGAUAAAAUAGCUGCAAAUCCCGCAGUCAAUAAUAAAAAAGAAUUGGUAUCUCCACUUUUGUUAGACAAGAAUGCUAAAAUAAGCCAUAUAGCUAACAAAAAAUGGUCGGCCUUGCAUGUCGCGGCAUACAACGGCGAACUAGCAAGGGUUCGAUAUUUGGUAGGCCUUGGUGCCAAAAUAGAUGCCGAAAAGGAGCAAAUAUUGAAGCUAUCGAUGAUCAACAACAAACGCCAUUGUAUGUCGCAACUCGAAAUGGUCACUUGGAGGUUGUGCAGAUUCUGGUUACUAGAGGCGCCAAUGUCGAUGCUGUUUAUUGAAGGAAAGACUCCAUUGCACCUUGCAACUCAAAAUAGUCAUUUGGAGAUAGUGCAGUUUCUGAUUAGUAAAGGCGCUGAUGUCAAUGCUGUUAAUAAAAUAAAUUGGACUCCAUUGCACAUUGCAUCUCAAAAUGGUCACUUGGAAGUAGUGCACAUUCUGGUUAAUAAAGGCGCCAAUGUUAAUGCUGUCGAUGUAGAAAAUUGGACUCCAUUGCACCUUGCAACUCAAAAUGGUCAUUUGGAGAUAGUGCAGUUUCUGGUUAGUAAAGGCGCCAAUGUUAAUGCUGAUAAUGUAGAAAAUUGGACUCCAUUGCAUCUUGCAACUCAAAAUGGUCAUUUGGAGAUAGUGCAGUUUCUGGUUAGUAAAGGCGCCAAUGUUAAUGCUGAUAUUGUAGAAAAUUGGACUCCAUUGCACCUUGCAUCUCAAAAUGGUCAUUUGGAGAUAGUGCAGUUUCUGGUUAGUAAAGGCGCCAAUGUUAAUGCUGAUAUUGUAGAAAAUUGGACUCCAUUGCACCUUGCCACUCAAAAUGGUCAUUUGGAGAUAGUGCAGUUUCUGGUUAGUAAAAGAGCCAAUGUUAAUGCUGAUAUUGUAGAAAAUUGGACUUCAUUGCACCUUGCAUCUCAAAAUGGUCAUUUGGAGAUAGUGCAGUUUCUGGUUAGUAAAGGCGCAAAUGUUAAUGCUGAUAAUGUAGAAAAUUGGACUCCAUUGCAUCUUGCAACUCAAAAUGGUCAUUUGGAGAUAGUGCAGUUUCUGGUUAGUAAAGGCGCCAAUGUUAAUGCUGAUAAUGUAGAAAAUUGGACUCCAUUGCAUCUUGCAUCUCAAAAUGGUCACUUGGAAGUAGUACAGUUUCUGAUUAGGAAAGGCGCCAACGUCAAUACAAGUGAUAUAAAUAAGGGGACUCCGUUGCACAUUACAUCUCAAAAUGGUCACUUGAAGGUAAUGCAGAUUCUCAUUAGUAAAGGUGCCGAUGUCAAUGCGAUUACUGAAACCAAUUGGACUCCAUUGCACAGUGCAUCUCAAAAAGGACAUUUAGAGGUUGCUCAGUUUCUGAUUAGUAACGGCGCUGAUGUCAAUGCUGUUAAUAAAACAAAUUGGACUUCAUUACACAAUGCAUCUCAAAAUGGUCAGCUGGAAGUAGUGCAAUUUUUGUUGAACGAAGGCGCCAAUGUCAAUGCCGUCAAUAAUAUAAAUUACACUUCAUUGCACAUAGCAUCUCAAAAUAGUCACUUGGAGGUGGUGCAGUUUCUGAUUAGAAAGGGCGCUGAUGUCAAUGCCGUUUCUGAAACCAAUUGGACUCCACUGCACAGUGCAUCUCAAAAAGGUCACCUGGAGGUUGUGCAGUUUCUGGUUAGUAAAGGCGCUGAUAUCAAUUCUGUUAAUGAAACAAAUUGGACUCCAUUGCACAUUGCAUCUCAAAAAGGUCACCUGGAAGUUGUGCAGUUUCUCAUUAGUAAAGGUGCCAAUGUCAAUACUGUUAUUAUAGGAAAUCGUACUCCAUUGCACUCUGCAACUUAUAAUGGUCACAAAAAUAUAGUCAAAGAACUAAUAGAUAACGGUGCAAUAAGAAAUGCCAUAAAUGUGAAUAAUAAGACACCAAUAGACUUCGCCUAUGAAAAAGGGCACAUGGAAAUCGUCGAACUAUUGAGUGUUUGUACUGUAAACUUAAGUAAGUAUUUUGCAUCAACAAUGACCAAUAAUCUGCCAACAUCCACUAAAAAAGUGCAACACAACGAAAUUUUCCAAGCCAUCAGAGAUGAUGAUUUGCUAAAAGUCCAAAGUUUACUCAGUUCCUGCAGUGUUUUAUUAUCAAAUAUUGUCGAUGAUACCAAUAAAAACAAUACACCCCUGCAUAGUGCAGUUGAAGAAAACAGGUAUGAAAUUGUUCAUGCCUUAUUAUUGAGAAAGUGGGAAUUGGAUAUAAAUGCGAAGAAUGAGGAUGGAGACACUGCCCUACACGUUGGCGCCAAAAAGAACGAUGAUCGAGUGAUGCACUUGCUCCUCAAAGAAGGAGCAGCCAGCUAUGUUGUCAACAAGGAAGGUGAAACAUUUCUGGAUAUCGUUAGGAAAUUGGCAAUUCGAACAGGAAUCUGCAAAAGCAACCAACAGAUUGAGAAAAGUGUAGAUAUAUCUAACCAAUCGGGAUCAUCCCGAAUAGUUACAGGGCAAAGUGAGGAGCAUAAAAUUACAAAAGAUGACAAAAAAGAUACAAAUCCUGCAGUCGAUAAUAAAAAACGAUUAGUAAGUCCACCUUUAUUGGGAAGAAAUGCUAAAAUAAACCAUAUAGCUAACAAGAAUUGGUCGUCCUUGCACGUUGCUGCACACAACGGAGAAUUAGCAAGGGUUCGGUACUUGGUAGGUCUUGGUGCCAAAAUAGAUGCCGAAAGUAAGGACAAGUUAACGCCACUCCAUUGCGCCUCUAUGAAUGGAUUUCAAGAUGUAGUUCAACUAUUGAUCGAAAGAGGAGCAAAUAUUGAAGCUAUCGAUGAUCAACAACAAACACCAUUGUAUGUCGCAACUCAAAAUGGUCACUUGGAGGUUGUGCAGACUCUGGUUACUAGAGGCGCCAAUGUCAAUGCUGUUAUUGAAGGAAAGACUCUAUUGCACAUUGCAUCUCAAAAUAGUCAUUUGGAGAUAGUGCAGUUUCUGAUUAGUAAAGGCGCUGAUGUCAAUGCUGUUAAUAAAACAAAUUGGACUCCAUUGCACAUUGCAUCUCAGAAUGGUCAUUUGGAGAUAGUGCAGUUUCUGGUUAGUAAAGGCGCAAAUGUUAAUGCUGUUAAUGAAACAAAUUGGACUCCAUUGCACAUUGCAUCUUGCAACGGUCAUUCAGAGGUUGCUCUGUUUCUGAUUAGUAACGGCGCUGAUGUCAAUGCUGUCAAUAAAACAUAUAAGACUCCGUUGUACAUUGCAUCUCAAUAUGAUCACUUAGAAGUGGUGCAGUUACUGAUUAGUAAAGGCGCUGAUGUCAAUACUGCCAAUGAAACAAAAUGGACUUGUCUGCACAUUGCCGCUUAUAAUGGUUACAAAAAUAUAGUCAAAGUAUUGAUGGACAAAGGGGCAAACACUAAUGGAGUAAAUCUCAAUAAUAGGACCCCAAUAGAUCUGGCCUACGAAGCAGGGCACAAGGAAAUCGUCGAACUAUUGCAAAAUUAA